GAGGCUCGCGCGCAGGCCCCGCGCUGGAAAAUGGCGGGGAAGCUGAAACCUCUGAAUGUGGAGGCGCCAGAAGCCGCUGAGGAGGCUGAAGGGCAAGCCAAGUCUUUGAAGACUGAAGACUUGCUGGCAAUGGUGAUAAAGCUGCAGAAAGAGGGAAGCCUGGAGCCACAGAUAGAGGACCUGAUUAGCCGGAUUAACGAGCUUCAGCAAGCAAAGAAGAAAUCCAGUGAGGAAUUGAGAGAGACCCACAGUCUCUGGGAGGACCUGCGUAGGGAAUUAGACUCCUUGAAUGGAGAGAAAGUGCACCUAGAGGAGGUCUUGGGCAAAAAGCAAGAGGCACUGAGGAUCCUCCAGAUGCACUGCCAAGAGAAGGAAAGCGAGGCUCAGAGGUUGGAUGUCAAAGGACAGCUGGAGGAUCUGAUGGGCCAGCACAAGGACCUCUGGGAAUUCCACAUGCUGGAGCAGCGACUGGCCCGGGAGAUCCGUGCCCUGGAGAGAAGCAAGGAGCAGCUGCUCUCGGAGAGGAGGCUGGUGCGCGCCAAGCUGCGGGAGGUGGAGCGGCGGCUGCGCUCGCCACCUGAGGUCGAGGGCGCCGUGGCGGUGAAUGACGGGCUGAAGGCGGAGCUGGAGAUAUUCGGGGAGCAGGUCCAGAGCGCUCCCGAGGUCGGGGCCGGCGAGGGAGAGCCUCACCCAGCCCCCGGCAGGCCGGACCUGAGUUCCCCCGCGCUCGCGACGAGGAGGAUCCGGAGCCGCCGGUGGCUGCCCCUGACGCCCUCUAGGCCAGCAGGACCCGUCCGGUCCCGACCUUCCCUCGAGACCCGCCAAGAAAUAAAGGCGAUGAUUUCCGACCAUGCUCGCGUUCUCCCCGGAGUCUGUGCUACACGGUGGAGCGGGGCGGGGCGUCCUGGGAUCUCGAGGCGGGGCCUCUGCCGGAGCCCGCCCACCAGUCGAGCCCCGGGCGCCGUACAGAGGCUGAGUAAAUGCUCCUGAGUUCAGAGAGAGUAAGUGGGUGUCAGGAUCCCCCGCCCCACGGCCUCAUCUCGAGUUCCCAAACCAUCUAUGUUGUCAACAGGGGCUAGAGGGCAGGUGUUAACCCAUUCCGGUCCUCGGGGCCUGUGCGUCUCCGGUGGUCUCAGGAAACCCAGAGUCUCUGCAAGACCCGCAGACUCGCGCUGGCUCUGGGACAUGCCCGCCCAUCUGAGCUCCCCUCACAAAUUGGGUUCUAGCCAAAGCUGCCUCUCCACCCUUCUCAAACACUCCAAAACACGUGUCCCCUCGGGGCCUUCGCCCUACUGGUCCUUCUCUGGGGUCACAUCCCCCAGGCAACCUCAGAUCUGUUAAAUGUGUCCGCCACUCCGGAGGCCGGCCUUUGGGACCCAAAUCUAAAGGCACCCAGCACCAGGCUGCUGCCAUUGACUGAGCAUGUACUGACUAAGCAGGCAUUUGCCGAUUGCCUGCUGGGUACCAGGCACUGUUCUAAGCCCUGGAUUUUAAACAGCGAGGUCAGCGACGGCCUCACCUAGGAAGUGGUAUCUGAGCGGAGAAGCGAGGUAGAGAAGCGAGGGGGUGAGCCCUGUGGGUGUCUGGGGAAAGGUGCGCCUGGCAGAAGACAUGCCUCAUGCCAAGGCGGGAGGUGAGGCUGCACUUCGCUGUGUUUGAGGAGCCGUCUGGAGGAGGCCGGCGUGGUAGAGUGGAAUGAGGUAGAGUGGGAUGGGAGACGACACUGGAGAGUUGCCAAGGACCAGUCAAGUUGGACACUAUCUAAUGUGUGUAGAAGAGGACCUGGCACACAGUCAGUAUUCAGUGAAUGCCAGCUCUCACAUACUGUUGGGAUGAUUCACCAUUCCCAGUCCCUAGAGAAUGGGAACUGAGACGUGUGACUCACUUAGAUCAGAGGCUUCUGUCCAUUAAGUGAUCAGUAAGUGGUUCAUAUGAUUUAUUAUUAUUAUUCCCAGGCUACAGAUGAGGAACACCAAGGUGUGUAUAUCUCUCAG